CUCUCUCUCUCUCUCUCUGCCCAUAAAUAAUGAAACUCCGUCAUGAGAUAUAUUCUGUAUCUGUGGACUAAAACCUCUCUCUGUUUCAAACGCCUGAAACUCGGUUAAUAAAAGGCAAAAGCAAGAAAUUUCCUUUCCUCUUCCUGCACCAAAACACAUCCAUUACUACGGCCAGCAAUCACUGCUACUCCUCUCAUUCUCUCCCGGGAAAAUGACCCGGUGUGUUCCUAGCUGGGAUUUCGAUAAUAAUCCUAACCCUGCAAGCCUCUCACUUCGCUAUCACUCGAAUUCCAGUACUACUGAUGGCCCCAUGUUUGAAGUAGCAGAGCUGACAUGGGAGAACGGCCAGCUAGCCAUGCACGGCUUAGGUCAGGCACGCGCGCCUGUCAAACCCAUAACCCCUGCCAUCGCCAACACUACCGAAAAGCCCACUUCCAAUUCCAAGUACAACACCACCUGGGAAAAGCCAUGCGCUAGUGGUACCUUGGAGUCCAUUGUCAACCAAGCCACCGGCUCGCCACCCGAGCCCAAAGAACCCUCCCCUUCACAUGGCUGCAGCCAACACCCGGUCCACCGCGAAGCUAUUGCUGCCACCCCCUCGGCCACCAUGACCAUGGACGCUUUGGUGCCAUGCUCCAAUCUGACCUCCGAGGUCGACCAGGCCACGCAGACACAGGGCCAGGUGGUGGACGGACUCGGCACUUGCGUCGGGUCCUGCAGCGGUACUGCAGCCACCACAGUACAGGACAAGGACGUCUUCCUCGGGGGAAAAGGAGCCGGGGAGGAGCGUGUCACCGUCGAGUGGAGCAGCAGAGACGAAAGCUUCACUGGCAGCGCCACCUGUGGGAUGGACAGCCAUCACCAAACUGAUCUAGACACGUGUGAGAGGGACCUGCGAGUUGGGUCACCGGAACAAGCCUGCUCUCCCAGCAAACCUUCCACAAAGGCCACCACCACCGCCGAUGACCAUGAUUCCAUUUGCCACAGUUCACCGCCGUACAAAUUUGUGAAGAGGGAGGGAGGUGAUCAUACCAAAAAGAAGGGAACCGGGAGAUUCAGUACUGUUUCAACUAAAAGAAGUAGAGCUGCUGCAAUUCAUAACCAAUCUGAACGGAAAAGGAGAGAUAAAAUCAACCAAAGGAUUAGCACACUGCAGAAGCUGGUCCCCAAUUCAAGUAAGACUGACAAGGCUUCGAUGCUUGACGAAGUGAUUGAAUAUCUGAAGCAAUUGCAAGCUCAAGUCCAAAUGAUGAGCAGAAUGAAUAUGCAACCUGCAGCAAUGAUGUUGCCAAUGACCAUGCAACAGCUUCCGAUGCCCAUGAUGGCUCAAAUGGGGAUGGGAAUGGGCAUGGGAUUCGGAAUGGGAACCAUGGGCGUGGACAUGAACAACACCAACCAUCGCUCCAACAUCACAGGAGGCAUUUCUCCUCAUGUUCUUCACCCUACUCAUGCUGCUUUCAUGCCUAUUGCUUCCUGGCCAGAUGCCUCCAGCGACCGGUUUCAAGCCACUUCUCAUGCGGCUAUAAUUCCAGACCCCUUAUCCACAUUCCUUUCAUGCCAAUCACAGGGAAUUACGAUGGAGGCUUACAGCAAGCUGGCUGCCAUGUAUCAGCAGCAGCAGCAGCAACCUCCACCUUCUAGCUAGUUCUAAGAGCUAAGCUUAAUUACUAGUAAGCAACACCCGAAACGUGUGGCUCAUCCGGUUUUGGGUCUGCUGAAAGAGCAAUAUUCUUCAUGCCGCGAGGUGUUGUGUUUAGAUGAUCGAUGGCAUAAGUAUAUAUUAAUUAGUGUCCUUUUUUAGCUCAAAUUGGUCGCUUUUAUUUUUGGUAAAUUGUGAAUAUUUGGCGGAGUACAAUAUUCUCUUUUGAAUUUGCAUCCUCUAUAAUAAAAUUGAAAUAUUAUAUAUAAA